GCGCCGGGAGGCAGCGAGGAUGGACGCGCAGCCCGUCCGGCUCCUCGGGGCAGCCUUCCUGGCUGCCGCCGUCCGGCUCGCAGUCCAAGCCCGGGCGCAGCCCCGCCAGGUGAACGGCGUCCUGGGGGGGUCGGUCGUGCUCUCCGCGGCGCUGCCCCCCAACGCCACCGUAAGGGAAAUCGAGUGGAGCUUCUCGGCCGGCGCCGGCGCGACCAUCCGGACAGCGGAGCUGAGCCGGGGCCGCUUCGAGCGCCCCGACCCCGGCGACCGCUUCCGGCAGCGGCUGGAGAUGUUCAACGCGACGUCGCUGCGGAUCAGCGCCCUGGAGCCGGGCGACGGCGGGCUCUACGGGGCCCGGGUGAAGCUGCUCCCGGCCGUGGUGCACGAUCAGUCCUUCAACCUCUCCGUCUUCGAGCCACUGCCAGACCCUGAGAUCCAGAGCUGGCUGCUUUCCGAAACCCCUGCGCGGUGCAACGUCUCGCUGCAGUGUCGGGUGCCCAGCGGGACCAGAGGCACCGUCGCCUGGAUGAACCCCCGCCGGGACCAACGGGGCCUCUGGGUGCGUCCCAUCAGUGGCGGGGUGCUCAAGGUAGAGGUGCAGCGCAGCUACGCGAACGCCACGCUGACCUGCAGGGUCCGUAGUGCCGUGGAGGAGCGGAGGAGAUCCAUAGACCUGCUGCACGUGUGUUGGAGCAGAGGUGAAGCUAUCAGGCUCGGCUGCUGGACCACGGUGGCUGCAGCGAUCCUCCUAGGACCUUCCGCCUGGCGGCUCUCGCCGUGACGGAGACAGGUAGUCUUCUCCGAGAGGCAAGAGCAGGGCUGGAGUUUUCUGGAGCAACUUAAUAGACCAUGGUGCGUGGUCUUAACAGACCGUGGUGCUGGUGCCCUGCCCGUCGGACCUGGGCAUGGUGACGGCUCAGCUCUCUGCGCACGUUAGCUGGCGUUUUCUGGUUUGCGUUGGCACUGUCUGGUCAUCUUUCAUGUGGUUCUUCGUGGCACAGGGACUUUCCUUUCUGUCAUUUGACAAUAAAUACGGCCCGUUCUCGUGGCUGGCCCCA